UAGUGUGUGUGUGUGCAGCAGCUGCAGCUUACGGUGCAGGCGGUGCAACUAAUAUAAAUAAAUAAUUUUAAUUUUGCACAUUUAAGUGGCGCAAGCAUAAUUGUGAUAUAUACAUAUAUUCAUAGUAGUGUGGCAAGUGUCUGAGAAGUCAGUGUGUGUGAGUGUGCAGCAGAGUCGUUGCAGUUGUUGACUACACAAAACAAAAAAAAAAAAACAAAACCAAAAAACCAGAUCCUCUUAAAUGGUGACCAUGGAGAACAGCGAUGAGAUUCUACAAAUUCUUGAGCGCUUCACGCGACUCAAGCAGAAGGAGAUACCCAAGGAGCUAGAGGAUUACUUUCAGUAUGUGGCCAAAACCGGAGAUACCAUAUUCAAGUGGUCCAGCCUUAAAUAUCUAUUUCGCGAGAAGUUGCUUAAUGUGAUCAAACAUUUCAAUGAGGACUCGCAACGUUUAGAGGUAGAAAUACCAAAUUAUCCCAAUGUGGAUCCAUUCAACUAUGAGACGAUGAAGUCAUCACUGCUCGAGCGUCUCGAUCUCUUCAAUGCUGCCCCAUUUACUGUGCAGCGUCUCUGCGAGCUUCUGAUUGAUCCUCGCAAGCAAUAUUCGCGCAUUGACAAGUUUAUGCGUGCGCUGGAGAAGAACAUACUGGUGGUUAGUACCAUUGAUCCGGGACGCAAGCGCACGGAGAGCGAGAAUGGUGACUCUCUGGAUUCUGUGGGCAAUGGCGAUCUCUCGCUGGAGGUCAACAUUGACAUUGAAAUGGAGAACGAGAACAUUUUCAAUAAUGUGGAUGAACGCAACGGUUGCAGCGGCGACCAGGAACAACAGACUGGCAACAAUAGCGGCGCCUUAAAGGCCUCCUGUCCACGUUCCGAUGAUGCUGUCCUGCAGCCCAAGGCUAAGAAGGCCAAACUUGACUACGAUGACGACGAACAGCCGGCUGAGGAGGCGGAGCCGGAUGCCGAAGAGGAGACCAACGAGAAUAAACCGGAAACGGAACAAGCCGUUGAGGCAGAUGCCGAUGCGGUUGAUGGUGUAGCUGAAGAGGCAGCAGCUGCUGAUGCUGCUGCUGUAGAUGCUGCCGAGGAAGCAACCGAAUGCCAAAAGGUCGUCGACGAUACUGAUGGCACCGAUGCUGUAGCUGAGGCGGCCGAAAUCGAAGAACCCGACGAAGAGGAGGACGAACCCAAGGCGAAGAAGACAUGCAACGGCGGCGACAAUCAGCCCAAGGCAAAGGAGUCGCCAGAGCCAGCUAAUGAUAAACCAGCAGCUGCCGAAACCGAGACUGUUGUGGCUCCAGCUAUAGUUGAGGUCAAGGAAACGACUGCUGCAAAGGAGAAGGAGCCCAGCGAUGCUGCAUUAGCUGAUGCUGCAGUCGAAUCACAGCAGCCGAAGACUGUCGUUGAGAAACAGGAUGUGGAAAGUGCCGAGAAGUUGGAGAAACCCGCAGAGCAGGAUGUGACCAAGAAACCCGAUGAUGAAGCUGUUCCAGCUGCCACUGACGAAGAAAAGAAGGACAAGACCACAGGCGAGCAGGAGACGGCUGCUGAUAAAACAGAAAAAGCAGCUCCGGCGUCGCCAGAGCAAGCUGUUGUCGACAAAAAGGACGAAGCAGCUGCUGAGCCCAAAGCAACAGCUGAGAAGGAUGCUGCAGCUACAGUUGCAGCUGCUGAAGAUGUUGAGAAAAAGGUGGUUGCUGCCACUGAAGUUGCCAAGACUGAGACCGAGCUGGAGACCAAUUCGAAAGCUGAUAUUAAGGAGACCAAUACGGAAAAGACUGAGAAAAAGCCCGAUGCUGAGCCGGAGGCCAAGGAAAAUCCGGCUGCUGUAACGCCACCAGCUGAAGCUAAGAAGAAUGAUGAUCAGACCAAGACUGUCGAUGUUGCUGCUGCUGCUGCCGAAGUCACUGCAACAGCACCAGCAGUAGUCGAAGCCGAAGCUGUGGCACCACCAGCCGCAACUGAAACUCCCAUUCCAGCUGAAGCUGCGGCUGUCGCUGCGGCUCCUGCCGAGUUGACGGUCGCCGCUGAAGCUGCUCCAGCUGUGCCCAUUGAUACCGAUGAGCUCGUUACGCCGCAGUUGCCAGCAGCUGCAACUGCAGUCGCUGCUGCCGCUGCCGAAGUUGCAGCCACGCCGCCAACAGUUGCUGCAGCUGUCGCCGCUGGGGAUGCGGCAAGUGCGACACCCACACCCACAUUGGCACUCAACGAUCAACCCAUGGAGGACACACCAGCCGAGGAGGAGAAUGCACAGGCAGCCGUCGAUGAAGUCGUCAUGGCCGAAAGCGGAACAGCAACCGGUGCCGGCGAUAUGGCCACCGAUGAGGUUGCCAAAGAUGAGCCAGCCGCCAUGGAGGUUGACGAUACCAGCCAGGAGGUGAUGGAUCAAUAGAUCACAUUCACAGUCAACACGUUGGACAAGUGAACGCCCAAUUCCAUGCGACUAUUAUUGACUACUUUAAAAAAAAAAAAACUAACUACUCCGCAUAAAUAGCAUUACGA